AUGGGUAUCAAACCGGAACCCAUGGAAGUGCUGAGCUGUGGCAGAGUUGGAGUUAAACAUAAACAAGAGCUGUUACCGUACGUUCAAAUCUUGAAAAAGAUGCCCCUGAAAUUAUAUGCCAGCACAGGAACCGCAGAUUAUUAUUCUACAAAGGGAAUACCGAUCGAGCCCGUGGAGUGGCCCUACGACAACAAGGGCGAGAGCAAGGGCCACCUGAAGAACAUCACGGACUACUUGGCCCAGAAGGAGUUCGAUGUGGUCAUCAACCUGCCCAUGCACAGCGGGGGAUAUGCCAGAGCUUCCCAUGGAUAUCAGACGCGUAGGAUGGCAGUCAACUACGCCAUACCCCUCAUCACAGACGUCAAGUGCGCUAAGCUACUCAUUGAGUCGCUGUACAGGAUAAGGGGUGAGCCCCCGGUGAAGCCCUACAUCGACUGCCUGACCGCCAGUCGCAUGGUGACCCUGCCGGGGUUAAUAGACGUGCACGUGCACAUGAGAGACCCCGGCGCCACACACAAGGAGGACUUUGCUUCCGGCACUGCCGCGGCACUGGCGGGGGGCGUGACACUGGUGUGUGUCAUGCCCAACACCAACCCCCCCGUGACUGACAAGGAUUCCUUCAACCUCGCACUACAGAAAGCGAAAGCUGGAGCCAGGUGUGAUUAUGCCCUGUUUGCUGGAGCUACUCCCGACAAUGCAGAGUCCCUACAGAGCAUCUUCUCGUCCAUCGUAGGCCUCAAGAUGUACCUCAACCCCACCUAUGGACCCCUUCAGUUGCAUUCCCUGGAGGACUGGAAGCAGCAUUUUGAAAGAUGUCCCCACGACAUACCUCUCUGUGUGCAUGCCGAAGGAUCCACUGCGGCCAAAGCGAUUUUGCUGUCAGUGUUCACACAUCGAUCCAUCCACAUCUGUCACGUUGCCACCAAAGAUGAGAUCCUGCUGAUAAAAGAGGCGAAGGAGAAGGGCAUUCCGAUCACCUGUGAGGUGUGCCCGCACCACCUGUUUCUGAGUUCCGAGGAUUUGCCCGGCCUGGGGAAUUCCAAGAGCCAAGUGCGGCCCUCGCUGGGAUCGUUGGAGGAUCAAAAGGCCCUCUGGGAUAACAUCCAUAUCGUCGAUUGCUUCGCCACAGACCACGCACCCCACACCCUAUCGGAGAAGAUGGCUUCCGAUGCACCUCCCGGAUUUCCAGGUCUGGAAACGAUGUUGCCACUCCUGCUCACUGCUGUAAACGAUGGGAAACUGACUUUGAAGGACCUGGAGGACAAGUUGUACCACAACCCGAAGAGGAUCUUCAACCUCCCGGACCAGAAGGACACUUACGUCGAGAUCGACCUCGACGAAGAGUGGGAGAUCGCCGAAAAGACGUCGUUCAGCAAGGCGGGCUGGACGCCCUUCGCAGGUCGCAAGGUCAAGGGCAGAGUGAGGCGCGUCGUGCUCAGAGGAGAAAUGGCCUUUGUCGACGGACAGAUUCUGGUGGAACCGGGUUUCGGUCAGAACAUCAUCGGCGUCAGAUCGGAAAUGGAUUCUAAGUCUCGAUCACCCCUACACAUCAGAAGCAUUUCUCCCGCCAUACCACCCAUGCCUUCCGCUUUGCUGUCCCCUGCUGGUGGUAGAAUGACUCCAAAUCUGUACGGUAUAGACGCUAUGGGAUCCAAUCAAGAUCCAGGCAUGCCUACAGAUAUGCGUGCUUCCCAGUCCUUGCAAAACAUGAUGAACGAAGUGGCCAAGCAGCUGAUCCUGGACGUGGAAGAGCCGGCCAUAAUACCGAAGCACAAAUUGCCCGACCCUCACCUGGACCUCAAGCUUCCCCUCUUCUACGAGCCGAAGCAGAGACACCUGGAGGCGGAACCCAAGAUCCAGGAGCCGGUUUCGACCAAGCACAAGUCGGUCGACUCCUUCGCCGAACCGAAGUCUCUGGUCGUGGUCGAACCGCCGGGUUUUGACCAAGCACAGGUCGGUCGACCCCCAUGUGGACUCGAGGGCUCCUCUCUCCUAUGUACCGGGUGGGUCUACUUCGGCUUUCCAGGGGCUCCCCCAGUUGGUGAGCGAGUUAAGGGGGAAGCAUGUGCUGAAGUCUUACCAGGUGCCGGUUUCGACCAAGCACGAGUCGGUCGACUCCUUCGCCAAGCCGAAGUCUCUGGUCGUGGUCGAACCGCCGGUUUUGACCAAGCACAGUUGGUCAAUGAGUUGAGGGGGAAGCAUGUGUUGAAAGUGGAUAUGUUUACUAGAAAUCAGUUGCAUCGUUUGUUUGAGCUGGCAAAGACUUACAAGAGUUACGUGAAGAAAGGUGUGAGCCUCAGCACAUUAAAGGGCAAGGUGAUGACGAAUGUGUUCUACGAAGUGAGCACACGCACCAGGGUUUCUUUCGAGGUGGCCAUGCUGAGACUGGGGGGCACUGUGGUCAAUGUGACCGAAAGCUUCUCCUCCAUCAAGAAGGGAGAAUCACUCGAAGAUACAAUUGCCGUGUUAUCCAGUUACUGCGAUGUCAUUGUUUUGAGACAUCCUGAGCAUGGUGCAGCGCAGAAAGAGCACAGCAGCCUGGAAAAGGUUUUGCCCGAAACUGAUGUCCUUUACAUGACGCGAAUCCAGCGAGAGAGGUUCCAGAAUGAAGCGGAUUACAAAAAGGCAUGUGGGCAUUUUGUGGUAACGACUGCGCUGAUGACGAAUGCCAAGAAGAAGAUGAUUGUCAUGCAUCCCCUGCCCCGAGUGGACGAAAUCAGUGCUGACUUUGACCGUGAUCCUCGAGCAGUCUACUUCAGGCAAGCAGAAUACGGAGAAUACGUGAGGAUGGCCUUGCUGGCUUCCGUUUUAGGACACUGAACUAACGGACUCCCGUUGUCCGUCUAUGUCGAACAAUUUUACGUGGACUUUUACUGGGUGUGCACCCUGACAUUGGAAUAAAACAUUCGUGACUGAAACAUUUUAUCUAUGACGUGCAUGAGUUUAUGUGACUGAUUUGCCAUUUUUUUGCUUCGGUACUUUUUCAUUAAAGGUACAUCCAUUGGGGCGUUUCAAAAAUUGGUGAUUGUUUUUAGUUUUUUGCAUUGCAAAGUUUCACAAAAGCUUUUGCAAUAACCAUUCGUUAGUUUUUUUAGGUUGAAACUUUUGUCAUAAAGACAACAUUUUAAAUUAAAAAAAAAAAUAGAAGUUCCAUUAAAAUGAAAUAAUAACUUCCAAAAAUACUUUCUUUACUUUUUAAUUGCAUAAUUAUCUGCUAAAUAAAAAACAAGACACACACACAUAACACAAUACAAAACACAAAAAUAUAACACAACAAUAAUACAAAAAAUUAGAUUUCUCGCCAACUACAAAAAGAAAAAAAAUGAAAGCUCCAUUUCAACUACUACCAAAUAAAUAUAUGAAGCUAAUAAUAAACAUUAAAAUAUCUAUUUAAAUGCUAAAUAACGCUAUAUUAAGUUGCUUAUCAACUUAAUAUAGCAAUUAAAAAAUAAAGUUAUCUGCCAAUUAAAAGACCAGCCAUUAAGUAACUCAAAUAACUUGAUUAUAGUAAUUCGUCAACAACGAAAACAAUUGAAAGUUCCAUUUAAAAGUGAAAUAAUCUGCCAAAUAAAUACAUAGAGUCUUAAAUAAACACUCAAAUUCCAUUAAAAUGAAAAAUUACACACCAAAUGAAGACAUAAAAAAUGCAAAAUAAUCUGCCUAAUUAAAAACAAGCCAUUAAAUAACACAAAUAAAUGGAUUUCUCGCCAACUACAAAAAAAAAGAAAAAUAUUUUAACUGUAAUUAAUCUGCCAAAUAAAUGUGUAAAGUCAUAAUAGACAUAUAAACAUUAAUAAAUCCAUUUAACCACUAAAUAACCUGCCAAAUAAAUGUAUCGAGUCAUAAAUUGACAUUAAAGUUCCAUUAAAAUGAAAAAUUACCAACUAAAUAACCAAAUAAAGCCAUUAAAUAAAAAAUAAUUGGAUUUCUCGCCAACUACAAAAAAAAAAAAGAAAAAAGGAAGAAAGAAAGCUCUAUUUAAUAUUUAAUUAAUUUGCCAAAAAAAAACUCUGGACCCAAUAAUAAACAUUAAAAAAUCCAUUUUAACGCUAAAUAACCUGCCAAAUAAAUAUACCGAGUCACAAAUUAGCAUUAAAGUUCCGUUAAAAUGUAAAAUUACACACCAAAUGAAGCCAUUAAAAUGCAAAAUAAUCUGCCGUUAAAUAAUCUACUUAGUAAAUAUAUUGAGCCAUUAAUAAACAUUUAAAGUUUCAUUAAAACCUUAAAUAAUCUGCCUAAAGAUAUAUCAAGCCACUAAUAAGCAUUAAAACCUCCACUUAAAUGUCAAAUAAUGCAUCAAAUAAAUAUAUCAAGUCAUUAAUACACAUUCAUUUGAACAUUAAAUAACGAGUCCACAUAAAAAGUUUCAUUAAACUGCAAAACCAGAAAUAAAGGAGCAAACAUGGCGCCACUCUUUCUUUUUUCGCCAAAAUAAGUCGCCAAACUGUGUGAGGUACCUGUAAUGGAAAAGUUUCCCUGCAUUUUCAAAGCAUAACUUGUGUUUGAACUUUAAAGUCUCGUGUGUGUUGAUACCGAUUGCACAUACAUGUUGAUAAUUCAGUUGAAAUUGAAAAUUUACUUAUAACUCAAGGUAAAAUUUAAAUAUUGUUUUAACUUUGUAUAUUGGACUGUUUGGCUAUCACCAAAAUGCAAUGAACCGUUCCUGUUUUCAAAAAAAGUGCCAUAAUCAAAAUAUUUUUGUAGUGUAAAUACUCGAAAAUGGUUUUAUGCAAUUGAGAUGUGCAGAAUGAAAAUGUUUUAUAUUUUAUUUGAUUGGUAAACGUUGACAAAUUAUCAAUAAUAUUUCUUGUACCUUUCUAUCUUUUAUUUUUUAUUUUGAUAAGGAAUGAAUUUUUGAGCAUUUAUUAUUCAAGAUAGCAUAUUUUAUAUUUUUUCAAAUACUUUUGUAUACUUUUUAUAUUAUUUUGGUAAAAGCUGGCUUGCUGUUUACAUUUUAGUUUGAGUUUGACGACAAAGAUCGUUCUUUGACAACUCUACGUAGUUCUGACGCUGGCUCUGCCUUUUUGAAAUGGCAUUAGAUUUUAGAAAUAUUUUUUUUUACAUGGAGAAAUAGAUCUGACAAAUGAAUUAAAGCUAUUGCAUUUCUUUUGUUUGUUACUGUUAGUUUAACUUUCACUAAAUGGUGGAAAAACAUUUUUUAGAGCAAAGUAGAAUUUUAAAUCAUUUAGUAACCAUUAAAUGUCUCAUUUGAAAGCUGUGAUAUGUGUGUUUCCAGUACUAGUUAAUUCUUUCUGAAUUUAUUGAUGGUUAAGCAGAAACAUUAUUCCAAUUAAGGGGUUUGUAUUUCUUAAUGUUUAGAAAAAAAAAGACGUUUUCGUUUUUACUGAUAUAUUACUCUGUGAUAAGGGCAAUUCCGUGUAAGACAGAAGGACGUUUGGGGAUGAAGACAAAAGUUUAAUGAAAAUAAUUGUGCUGUAACCACUUAAAAUUGAGAUUUUUUUCUAUGCAUUUCAAUCAUUAACUAUUAAUGUAUCAAAAAAAAAAAAAAAAAAAAGAAAAAAAAAAUUUCAAUUUUAAUGCUAUUUUCUGCGAAACGUAAGAAUGAAAUUUUUGGUCAAUGAAGCUUUUGUACUUCUGAGUACAAAACGAAAUUUCUGCGAUUACAUUUGAAUUUUAUUCAUCUGUUAAAAGAAACUUCAUUUGAAUUACUGCUUGAGCGUUGGAUAAAAGUAAUCAAAGUUAAUGUGUUGUGACAAAAUGACAGGACCCCCCCCCCCCCCAACUCCAUUUUUUGCAGUAGGUGACUCGAAUUUUAAUCAGAUUUUUUAAAAAAUGUGUAUUGCACUUGGCAGGGUACCCCCCCCCCCCAAAUUAAGAUCCCCAAAAAAGAGAAAAAUACCCCUCAAAACACCUCUCUUCACCCUCUCUAAAAAUUUCAAUGCCGCAGUCUUCGCCCUAGCACUUGGCUCAUAUUAAGUGAUUGAAAUAAUAAACUCACUCCAAUAAAAUCAGUUAAACCUUUGGUGCAUCAAUUUUUUUUUAAUGCAAAAAUCAAAUGUUUAGUAGUAAAUAAAAUGAACUUAAUUGUUAUGCAUGAGCAUGUAAUACAAAACAUAUAUUUUCAACUUCUAAUAAAAAGGUUUUGUAGCCACUGAGUAUGACAAUGGUAAAAUUCCCUUUCAGUGGAGCACUAUUUUCCAAAAAAUGGAUUAAAAAUUAAAAAUUUAUUUAAAAAAAAAAAUAGAAAUAAAAUGCUGCACAUUUUGAACAAAAGUCUGUAUUUUUUGAAGCCUUCAGUAAAGUACUGCCAUCUAUUGAACUGAGCGCAAAUUAAUUUUUCCAAAGAUAGAUUCACGUUUGCAAAUACAAUAGAUUCUCUUGAUAUAUAUGUAUAUAUGAGUAUAACAACACAAUGCACCAAAAAAAAAAAAAAACAUAACAUUUUGGAUCGCCAAUGUUGUGCCAGAUUAUUUUGCUAAAAGGCAGGGGUGUCCACCCCCUUAAGAACAAAGGCACCCCUGCCCCCUAAAUAUCGCGAAGACCCCCACCCUUAAAAAAAGGAAAAAUACCCCUCUAAACACCCCUCCUAAAAAUUGUAAUGGCCCAGUCUGCGCCAUGAACCCCCCCCCCUCCCCUCCCUUACAUGGGCACCCCUGGUCAAAGGUUUUAAAAAUAUUCUCCCAAAAGUCAGUUUCAUGGAAUUGCCCAGAAGUGAAAAAAAGUUUGUUAAUUAAAUAAUCAAUCAAAUACUGUGAUGUUGUUAUUAGGUAACAAAUCUAUUUUUAUUAAUUGCAGUGAUGGAUUAUGUUUUGUAGAACAAUUAUAAUUUUAAUUUUUUAAUUGUCAUUAGUUUUAUGCAUUGUAAAAUGCUUUUGCUUUGAUCAUUUUGAUAAUCUGUUUCCUGAAAUAAAGUUGUUACAAUACUCAUACUGGAUGAUUUCAUUGUGUUGUUGCGAAGUCAUAAAGACAAAAACAAAUAUACAUAUGAAGAGUACUACACAAAAGAAGAUUGUUCUUUC